AUGACAUCUGUCACUGCGAGUCCCCCUGUAGGAGCCCAAGGCUCAAAAGCUUCACCACAAGAGGCCCCAGGACGAUCAUACGAUGAUGGCAUGUACCGUUCUGGUAAUGUUCGACUGGCUGUCGUUGCAGAUCCUCCCACCAAAGAACUUGGCAACACAGUGACGAAGCCAAGCGCGACAGCAGGCGCAUUGCUUGACGCACAGGGCUCGACCGAGCCUGGAAUGCUUCGUGGAACAAUAACAGACACCCUGCCCGACCCCAAGGCCGCUGCUGUAAAAGCCGCGACCCUUCCGUCAGAAGCCCCCUUGGAUCUGCGACAAGGACAUUUCGACCAUCCGCUUCAACUUGCUGCCACGAUGACUACCUCGACAACGACAACAGCCUCUUCGUCCACCACAUCUUCGACCACCUCUCACCACUCUACGACCCCUACUACCCUUCAUACCACCUCGAUGCCGACCUCCACCCAGCCUAGCUCUGCCACCAGCGCCUCCCAUUUCGCCUCCACUACAGCCGCCGCCGUCCCUCACCGGGAGUAUUUGACCCGUGGCGCGCAAGCCGGGAUUGUCAUCUCGGCCCUGAGCCUCGCGGUCAUCUUGAUUGGGAUGAUCUUCUGGUGGCUGCAUCGCAAGAAGCGGACUCUGCUUAAGGCCAUCCGGGGGGAAGAGGCUCCGCCCCCGACAGAGAAGCCAAAUCCUGCGUACCGAUUCGCGUCAAAUCUGUACACUAGCAGCACCUCCACGCUGGUCAAUGUAACGGAGAUAUUCAAGUCCAGCAAGGAAAAGUCACCGUCUAUCAACGACACAAGCAGCAGCAUUUACUCCACCAACCAGACACGAAGCAAUCUGUUCACCCUCGCAGCGGACAAGGUCAGGCCUUUACGAGGCAAAAAACAACUCCCCGACAGGCGCAGCCGCUAUUCCCACGGCUACAUCUUUGCACAGGAGUUCGAGCACAUCCCCCCACCACCGCCGACGCGGCUGCAAAAGAUUGUCGCCGGUCUAUACGCCAACGGUUCGUCGACGGUCAAAUCAGUAACGGCGACGUUCAAAACGCAGUCUCCGCCGCCGCCGAAAGACAACGCGUCCUCAACGUGGAGCUCCUUGAGCAGUCGCAACCCAUACGCGCGCGCCUACGACAGCUACCCGCCAGCGCAUCCGUUUCAGCCUCCAUGCGACAUCAGCGAUGAUCUGGACCUGGUCAAGGUGCGGAGUGUGUCCUCCGGCACUGUCGCCAUGAGUAACCCCGCAGAGAUCGGGGUCGACGCCUUGGCAGGCCGUAUCUCGCAAGAAGGCGCGCACCAAGAGGCUGUCAGGGAGUCCAGCCCCUCGCCGUCGCAGUCCACCACCGCUCCAUGCCAGCGGCAGUCACCGCCACCACAGACCUCGCGGGAGGGAAGCCCCGCACAUUCUGGGCGGGCGCCGUCGCAGACCCAGCUGGAGGUGCCGUCGGUGAAACUAUGGACAAAGCAGGUGUACCGCGUCGAAAUGGAAUUCACGUCCCGCAGCGACGGCCAGCUGCAGGUUGGCGAGGGCCAGAUGGUCUGCCUGGAGCAGCUCUUUGACGACGGAUGGGCACUGUGUACCCUGACCGACACCGAAAAACACGGCCUCCUCCCCCGCGCCUGCCUCUCCACCUGGCCCAUCAAGGAACGCCGGCACUAUGCGUCCAGUAGCAGCACCUCAGAGCGUGCCCUGGGCGUCUCUCCCACAGACUCUCAGUCCUUCCGGUUCUACCGACAACAGUCUCGACCGGGGACCCCAAAGCCAGCCCCCGAGUCCAAACCGCCGAGCGUGAAGAAGCAGUCGAUCUCGCCUACGCUGUCGACCUUCUUCCGUCUGUAG